AUGACACCAGGGGAGCUUCAAGAUGAUACAUCCUCCAGAAACACGGAUUCUACGUCACAGAGAAGUUCAGAUAAUUCAGAAAGUGGCUUCAAUGAACCAAGUUCACAGCCUGGCCAGGACCAAAUCAAGCCUCCUAGGCCCACAUCACGAACGCCUACGCACGAGAAGAAACCACAUUUACGAAGAACUCACAUGAGGUCCCAGUCACAUACGAAAAUGCCCACUAGACUUAGCACAUCUGGCCCUAAACCCAACUUGAACCGGUCCAAAUCGUCAGAUAUCAUCAGAACUCAGAGACAGCCAGGCAUAAAGCGGAACAACAGGUCGUUUACCAAGGUCGCUGGGUUUCUCCCGUUGCAUAAAACAGUGCUGAAUAGCUCAGUGAAGGCACCUGGAACAUUGAACAGAUCAACACUGGCGAACUCACUUAAAGGCUUUGCUCCAUUGCGUAAGACUACGCUGAAUGGGUCAAGCAAGGAUAAACAAGCAUUGCAUAAGACUUUCCUGAACAGCUCAAUGAGGUCUAGUAAAUCUCUGAAUUCGCUUAAGGGAUUGAACAAUUCAGUUAAUAAUGGCUCAGGAAUAGGCCUUCGGCUCAGUUCUAAACGUGGAAGAGCUAUAGUGAAGCUUAACGAAGAUGCUGAAAGCAACGAGUAUGAAGACUUGAGCGAAGAUUCAGAGCUGGAAACUCAUAGCAGACCUCAGGAUCAAUCUAAUGAAAAUAUCUCACUGGACCAGCAAGACUGGAAUGAGGAGAAUAAGAUCUCUGAGGUGCCAGAGCAGUCUGAAAGCUAUUCUUCGAGUGAGUAUAGGAAAGCGCCAGAAUCAGACGAGCGCCAGCCCUCUCAGACAUAUGAGGCAGAGAAAGAGAACUCUCAAAUUGCUAAAGAAAGAGAGCUGGCAUUCAAGGAAAAGAAGGAUCCUAAGAGCAGGCUUUCACAGGAACAGGACCAAGCAAAAUGUACUUCGGAGCCCCCAGCGUACAUGUCCACGAACAGCUCUACAGAUGAACUCAUGAACAAUAAUCUUUAUGGAGGUUCCCUUCUUCUAUCACAGUCUACUGGUCUUAUGAGAAAGAUUAACGAGCCCCUUGGGUACCAUGCCUCAGGAGAAGCGUCAGACGAUCGCCUUGAUCAGACAACCCGUGACGAAAGUACUAGUGGUAUAUCGUUCAAAGCAAGGCCCUACAACGAAUUGAGAAAUAAGGAACCUGCCGAGCCAGUUCAGGCAACAACCACUGCAGCAUCUGUCAGUUCGUACCAGCCUGACCAGAGCAUUUUCAGCAAUCUUCAAAGGAACAACUCCAAGUACCUUAACAAUUCUAAACUGCAACGACCUACGAACCAAAGUCAAGGAUCACAGUCCAACAUCAGGACUGGCAAGGACUUCUCCAACUUCCUAAACAACAGUCAUUCGUCCAACGGAGCUCCAGGCCAUAACAUAGAAACGAGGACUCAGCAACGUCUUUGGCUUCAGCGUGAAAACUCACUUAUGGAUGUUUCACUGAAUAUCGAUGCUUCCAAGCUCCAGAACUUGUCCAACAUGUCGCUCAAUAAGUUAAUGUUUGCACACAAUUACAAUAACAGUACCACCAACGUCAGGGAGCCAAGUCGAGCGGCCGGACAGCAGACCCCUGGAGUUCAAGGAGGAGGUCAGCUCGGUGAAGUCGAAGGUCAAGGUGCUGGUGAUGCGUCAAACGUGACGAAUCUCUUGUAUCUCAUACAAAGCGGUCACCAACAAGGUUCUGUGCGUUCAAGAACAGAAUACGAGAGGCUCAAUAGGGAGUAUCUCAACGUAAGAAGGCAUUUGAACCCAGUUGCGGAGUCAUUGGAUCGUUUGGAAAAGUAUUAUGGUGGCAAGAAGGGGUUGAAUGUGCAGAAGAACUCUCAGGCUCCAAAAGGUGCUCUGUCGUCUGUUCAUUCACAGAUGAUGACGGUCAACAAAUUUGAAGAGUUUGCAGCUGACAAAGAGGAACGUGAGAACAAAGCAGCUUUGCUUGUGAACAGAGUAUGGCAAGAUGCAUUGUUCCAGACCUCUUCCACGACCAGUCCUUCAGCCUCAAGACAAGGAGAGCCAAGCGACCAAGGAGGAUCCCAAUUCCAUCACAAUCCUCAGCAGAUCCAGCAGCAGAAAUCGCAGCCAAUGAAGCCCAGUCGCAGCUCCAGUAGCAUUCAACAAAGGUCUUCCUUAACACCAACUACACGUGCGGUAAAGCUUGCAACUCAAGCAAGCGGCGAAGGAAGUCUUCCACAAAGGUAA